AGUAGCAGUGCUUGAACUCUGUAUCUUUCUUCCAGAAGACCAAGUUCGACUGUUCGAUCUCCUCGGCCAUCGCGCCCUGUCCCAACGAUAACCUCCACGCUGGCGUAUACGACUGUCCCAAUCGUCAGAAAAAGCGGCAGAUCCCACCUGAAUACUAGUAGAAAGCUACGGACGAAACCCCAAUCAUGGCGAAGUCAUUUGGUCCAGUUGCUCCAGUCGCCUACAACAUGAUUGACACAAAAUACACCUUGAAGUCUGCUAACGUGAAGGGUCAUGAAGUUCUUACCAGCUUUACUCUCCUCAAGCAGAAGUCUCCCGCCGCUGUUGUACCUCCGCUGACCGACGGCGUACGUCUGGUCACAGUAGAUGAGUACAAGCAGGCGGCUGCCUGUCUGGCGGAGGCUUUUGCUGAGGACGAUGUUGCUCGUUACUUUGUUGAUGUGCCUGACCGUGAGCAUUGGACUGAUGACGAGAAGUGGGCUUUGCAUGUUGAGAUCAUGGAGUACAUUACUUACGCUCAUAUCCUCAAGGGUCUGGUGACUACAGUUGGAGACUUUGAGGCAGUUGCACUCUGGAUGCCGCCCGGUCAGAACAUGGACGACUACCUGACCAUCUGCCGCAGCGGCCUCUGGCGCCUCAACUACCGCCUCUCAGUCGAAGGCAAGCGCCGCUUCUUCAACGAGUUCUUCCCCCUCCUCCACGACACCAUGCACGCCACCCUCGGCGACCGCGAACUCGACACCUGGUACCUCGUCUACCUUGGCACUCGCCCUGCUGGACGUGGUAAGGGUCACGCCCGCAAGCUCAUCGAGCAUGUCACAAAGAUAGCCGACCGCGAGGGCAGGACUUGCUACCUGGAGUCGAGCAAUGCGAUCAAUCCGACCAUCUACAGGAAGUUUGGCUUCGAGGAGCGUCGCACGAUUCAUUUGCAGCGUGCGCAGAAGAAUAUCUCGCUUGAUAUUAUGGUGAGGGAGCCUGUUGCUCAGGAGAAGAAGGGUGGCAUCUAAGCAUAUGAGGUGCUUUACGCAGGAGAUUUUGAGCACCGCUUCAACACGGAAGGCUCCAGGGGAGGACACAGACUGAUGGAAUAACCUUUGUAGGUUUCUUCAACAGAACCUGAUUUCUUAUGUUGCGUGAAUUGUAGCCUUUCGAGCAAGUAGACACACAAUCACUACAAAGAGAUGGAAGCAUCCAGAUACACGAUACACCAUAGAUUUACUCCUUUCGUGAUCUCUUUUACGAAAUGUGGAGACGUUCAGUUGCCGCGGGUUGAAUCCCUAAUGAUCUACGCACUACUCGGUAGUUGAUCGCGUAUCUAACGCGUUAUUGUUAUUGCAAUCAACAAAAUCUGUG